ACAUGUGAGAGAACGAAGGCAGAGAGAGACAGAGAUACAGAGACACAAGUUGCGGUUUCACCUUUUACAAGUUAAAAAUGACUUUCCCUUUCCCUUUCCUUCGUUACGCGUGUGGCGGGAACAAAUCACUUUGCUUCCUCUGUCAGUGACUGUGUCUGUGUCUGGGGUUUUAUUUAUGUUUUCGAAGAACCCUUCAAACACUCUUCUUCACUUUCAUUUCUCUUCAACCACAAUGCACAGACUCGCCGCCCGAAACGCCGUCGUUUGCUGCUUCCCUCGCUGGCGCUCCCUCGCUCUCUUCCUCCACUCUCCUCCACCUUCUUCAUUCCUUCCCUCUCGCUUCCUCCAAAUACAUGGACAUCUAGAAAAUGUAUCAUGCUUUAAAGAUACGAAAGUUUUAAGGGGGAGCAGUAAAGUGAACAAGAAGCUCAAAGUACCAAAAAACGUUUUAGAUGAUAAAGAUCUUUCUCACAUUUUGUGGUGGAAGGAGAGGUUGCAGAUGUGCAAAAAGCCUUCAACUGUCCAGCUAAUACAAAGGCUUGAAUAUUCUAAUUUACUUGGCUUGGAUUCUAACUUGAAAAAUGGAAGUCUGAAGGAAGGAUCGCUCAACUGGGAAAUGUUGCAGUUCAAGUCAAAAUUUCCUCGUCAAGUUUUACUCUGCAGAGUUGGAGAGUUCUAUGAAGCUAUUGGAAUAGAUGCUUGUGUUCUUGUUGAGUAUGCUGGUUUAAAUCCCUUUGGAGGUCUGCGAUCUGAUAGCACUCCUAGAGCUGGUUGUCCUGUUGUGAAUCUUCGACAGACUUUGGAUGAUCUGACGAAUAAUGGUUAUUCAGUGUGCAUUGUGGAGGAAGUACAGGGCCCAGCUCAAGCUCGAUCUAGGAAACGUCGCUUUAUAUCUGGGCAUGCUCAUCCAGGAAAUCCAUAUGUAUAUGGACUUGUUGGGGUCGAUCAUGAUCUUGACUUUCCGGAACCAAUGCCUGUAGUAGGAAUAUCUCAUUCUGCGAGGGGCUAUUGCAUUAAUAUGAUUCUAGAGACCAUGAAGACAUAUUCUUUAGAAGACUGCUUGACAGAAGAAGCAGUUGUUGCAAAGCUUCGUACUUGUCAAUACCAUCACUUAUUUCUGCAUACAUCUUUAAGAAGAAAUUCUUGUGGGACCUGCAACUGGGGUGAAUAUGGUGAGGGGGGCCUCUUGUGGGGAGAAUGUAAUUCCAGGCAUUUUGAAUGGUUUGAUGGGAACCCUGUUUCUGAUCUUUUAGUCAAGGUAAAGGAGCUUUAUGGUCUUGAUUAUGAGGUUACAUUUCGGAACACAACUGUAUCUUCAGGAAAUAGGGCUCGACCUUUAAGUCUUGGAACAUCUACCCAAAUUGGUGUCAUUCCAACAGAUGGAAUACCUUCUUUGUUGAAGGUCUUACUUCCUUCAAAUUGCAAUGGAUUACCAGUAUUGUAUGUAAGGGAUCUUCUUUUGAAUCCUCCUUCCUAUGAGAUUGCAUCCAAUAUUCAAGCAACAUGUAAACUCAUGAGCAGUGUAACUUGCUCAAUUCCAGAAUUUACAUGCGUUUCUUCAGCGAAGAUUGUAAAGCUACUUGAAUGGAGGGAGGCCAAUCACAUUGAACUUUGUAGACUAAAGAAUGUGCUCGAUGAAGUAUUGCAGAUGCACCGAACCUCUGAGCUCAAUGAAAUUUUGAAACAUUUAAUUGAUCCCACAUGGGUGGCAACUGGAUUAGAAAUUGAUUUCAAAACCUUGGUUGGUGGAUGUGAAUCUGCAUCUGGUAAGAUUGGUGAAGUCAUCUCUCUGGAUGGUGAGAAAGAUCAGAGAGUCAGCUCCUGCUCUAUUAUUCCUAAUGAAUUUUUUGAAGAUAUGGAGUCUGCAUGGAAAGGUCGAAUAAAAACAAUCCACAUGGAUGAUGUACUUACUGAAGUUGAAAAAGCAGCUGAGGCCUUGCAUUUAGCAGUUAGUGAAGAUUUUACUCCUAUUGUUUCUAGAAUAAAAGCUACUGUAGCUCCACUUGGAGGUCCUAAGGGAGAAAUAUCUUAUGCUCGGGAACAUGAAACAGUAUGGUUCAAGGGCAAACGUUUUACACCAAACUUGUGGGCUGGUAGUCCUGGAGAGGAACAAAUUAAACAGCUUAGACAUGCUUUAGAUUCUAAAGGUAGAAAGGUAGGCGAGGAGUGGUUUACCACUCCGAAGGUGGAUUCUGCCUUAGCAAGGUACCAUGAAGCAAAUGCCAAGGCAAAAGCAAGGGUCUUGGAACUUUUAAGGGGGCUUGCCACUGAAUUACAAUCUAGUAUUAACAUUCUUGUCUUUUCUUCCACAUUGCUUGUUAUUGCCAAAGCUUUAUUUGCUCAUGUGAGUGAAGGGAGAAGAAGGAAAUGGGUAUUUCCUACCCUAGUGGAAUCUAAGGGGUCUGAGGAUGUGAAGCUGUUGGACAAAAACCAUGGGAUGAACAUCGUUGGUUUGUUACCAUAUUGGUUCAACAUUGCAGAAGGUGGUGCUGUGCGUAAUACUGUUGAUAUGCAAUCAUUGUUUCUAUUGACAGGACCAAAUGGUGGUGGUAAGUCAAGUUUGCUCCGGUCAAUUUGUGCUGCUGCACUACUUGGGAUAAGUGGGCUUAUGGUUCCUGCUGAAUCAGCCUCUAUUCCAUAUUUUGACUCCAUCAUGCUUCAUAUGAAGUCAUAUGAUAGUCCAGCUGAUAAAAAGAGUUCAUUUCAGGUAGAGAUGUCCGAACUUCGAUCCAUCAUUACUGGAACCACCAAAAGGAGCCUUGUGCUUGUUGAUGAAAUAUGCCGAGGAACAGAAACCGCAAAAGGGACUUGUAUUGCAGGCAGCAUCAUUGAAACUCUUGAUAGAGUUGGCUGUCUGGGUAUUGUGUCCACUCACUUGCAUGGAAUAUUUGCUUUACCACUAAACAUCAAGAACACUCUGCACAAAGCAAUGGGCACAGAGUGCAUUGAUGGACAAACGAAGCCUACGUGGAAACUAACAGAUGGAGUCUGUAAAGAAAGUCUUGCUUUUGAAACUGCCAAGAGGGAAGGAAUUCCUGAGAUUGUGAUCAAAAGAGCUGAAGAUCUUUAUCUGUCAGUUUAUGCUGAGAAACCACAUUCUGCAGAAAAUUUCCCAAAACAGGAAAAACAUUCUACUUACAUCGAUGUUAAUAAUUUUAAUGGAACACACCUUCAUCCCAAGAAGUAUAUAUCUGGAGCUUCUAUUGAGGGAAUCAAUUUAGCUAAUCCAAUUGAAGUUUUACAAAGGGAAGUGGAGAGUGCUAUCACUGUAAUAUGCCAAGAUCUUAUAAUGGAACUCCAAAGGAAAAAGAUUGCGUCAGAGCUCACCAAGAUAAAGUGUUUCCUAAUCGGUAGAAGGGAGCGACCACCUCCAUCUACUAUAGGUUCGUCAAGCGUCUAUGUGAUGCUCAGACCAGAUAAGAAACUCUAUAUAGGAGAGACGGAUGAUUUGGAGGGCCGGGUUCAUGCACAUCGAUCAAAAGAAGGAAUGCAUGAUGCAACAUUUCUCUAUUUCCUAGUUCCAGGAAAAAGCCUGGCAUGCCAAAUUGAAUCUCUGCUCAUCAACCAGCUUCCUAAUCGAGGUUUCCAAUUAAGCAAUCUAGCUGAUGGUAAGCAUCGGAAUUUCGGCACAUCCAACCUGUAUGUGUAAUUACAUUGGUUGACAAUCUUCACCUCAUAGGCUCAGAAUAUUAUCAUGGGCGGGUUAUAUAGAACUGGUGAUUUUGAUCAUCUUUAUGUUCGAUUGGUGAAGUUUAGGAUGCAGUGGUGUCUGCAGCAUUUUUGUAGAAUUAGUUGCUGAAGCUGCAGUCAAGUCCACAUCUUUCAAGAAAGUGGAAAAUUUUGUAUUAGCUUGCAUGUAGAAAAAACUGUUCUAUCCCAGCCAACACACACUUAAAUUGGUUUCCUUAAUACUGCUUGUUAGCACUCAGCAUUCAUGGUAAAAUUGGUCAGUUGCUGUGGUUAAUUUCAAA